GAACAACGGUAUAUUGGUGUCAAGAAAAUAGUUUAGAGAGGAAGAGAAAAUGGAGUACAGAUGCGUGCAGUGUGGAUUUGGGAUUAGAACACUGUAUGUGCAGUACUCUCCUGGAAACAUUCGUCUCAUGAGAUGUGAGAACUGCAAGGCUGUCGCCGAUGAAUACAUUGAAUGUGAAAUCAUGAUAAUUGCAAUUGAUCUGAUUCUUCAGAAGCCAAAAGCCUAUAGGAAUUUACUGUGUAACGUGCUCAGACCAGAAAUUGUCAACUUUGAGGGCUCAUUGUGGAAGUUAUGUGUUGGUUUUCUGCUUUUGGAUGCUUACAGAAGUCUGCUUUUGAGGAAAAGCAAUGAAGAAUGGGGAUCAUCCUUUAGCUUGUCAUCAUUAGUAUGGACAUGUCAAAGGGUGUUGGUGGAUGUUGUUGUUGGAAACUUGAUGUUUCUUCUUGCAUUUUUUGUUGCUACACGAACUUUAUGUAAUACGUCUCUCACAGUUUCCAGGUGCAAAGAUCUUUUGCUUGCCAUGCUCGUCUCAAGUUACUUCAAGAUUUUUCUUUUUGCCAUGAUGGUCUGGGAGUUUCCACCAUCAGUGGUUUACAUUAUUGACUUGUAUGUUUUAUCAUCCAACUCCAUUGCGUUGAGAGUUAGGACAGGGUCGGCCUUGAAUCACUGUAUAGCAGCCUGCUUCACUGCACAUGCCGUAAAAUUUUUGGCUCCUGAACUGCUUACAUUCAGGUCUUGAAAGCGUUAAAACUUGUUCAAGUGUAAAACAUCCUCAUUAUAUCAGCAUAUCUGACAGUUGUGAUAUUAUUUAGUUGUCCUUUCAUGAUUAGUGAAACUUUAAGUUUAUAGUGGGAAAUGCCGAAAUGGGAAUUGUUUUGCAGAGAAAGGUAUCAUUCUGUUCUUAAACUGUGCACAUAUUCUUCCACAGACUGUUAUUUGAUUAUGAUUUUCCAUACCUGAUCACUGAAUCCUUGAACAAUUUCUUUUUUAA